AUGACAGGCCAACUGACGGCUUUCAAGAAGCCCGCGCUGCUCUCCACUGGGCCCUUGGAUCCGUCCGAGGCACGCUGGAUCGGACUCGUGAAGCGGACGUACACCGAUCCAAACGGGGUAACCAGAACAUGGGAAGCAGCGGAAAGACUAACUCGCUCAGAUUCCGCGAUAGAUGGCGUGGGCAUAGUUACCAUUCUCUCCAAACCAUCUGGUCCUGAGCUGUUGCUGCAGAAACAGUACCGGCCUCCUAUUGAUAUGGUCACCAUUGAGAUUCCGGCUGGUUUGGUUGACGCAGGUGAGACAGCGGAGGAGUGUGCUGUCCGUGAACUGAGGGAGGAGACCGGGUAUGUUGGUGUUGUCCAGCAGAAAGGGCCUAUCUUAUACAAUGGCUUCUUUGGUGGAAACAUCGAGAAUCGCCCGCUAACAGAAAAGAGCAACCCAGAUCCCGGAUUCUGCAACACAAAUAUGAACAUGGUUCACGUACGUGUUGACAUGUCAUUGCCGGAAAACCAGAAUCCAAAGCCUAAGCUUGAGGAUGACGAAUUUAUCGAAAGUUUUAGCAUUCCUCUUGCCAAACUGUUCGAGGAAACCAAACGGUUGGAGCGAGAGGAAGGAUAUGCCAUUGAUGCGCAUGUGGGAACCUUAGCCGAGGGAAUAGAGAUGGCGCGGCAAUGGGGGAUUGUCGGAUAG